GGACGACUUACUUCGUCUGAGGCAACUGCCAGAUAUAUGGCGCAUUCUUUCCCAUCGGCAAUUCUCGUCUCGUUCGAUGAGGACAGAACUAUUAAAAAGAAUGCAUCGGAACUAUCCAAACUGGCUGAACGCGGAGAAUUGAGAGCAGUCGAAGAACUGCUCGAUCAGGGCAUCAUGCCCACUGCUGAGGCUUUGUACCUCGCUGCAAACGAAGGCCAUUCUGAUGUGGUCCAGAUCCUAGCUGACGUUGUGGAUGAUAUCGAUGCUGCCGUAGGGUUUUGCGGAAAUGCGUUAUGCGCUGCCGCUGCUCGAUCACGCAAUCACGACUGUCUCAAAGUACUGCUCGAGAAAGGUGCCGAUGUCAAUUGGCUUGGUGGCCAUUACGGCUGCGCACUUCAAACGGCUACGGCAAACUACAGAUUAGACAACGUUAUAUUGCUGCUCAAACACGGCGCCGAUGUGAAUGCACAGUGCGGACACUAUGGUAACGUGAUGACAGCCGCAGCACGACAUGCCACUCACUUUAUUGAGAUGAGUAGAAUGUUCCUCGAACACGGUGCUGAUAUCAAUGCCCAGGGUCCAGGCGUGUAUGGUAAUCCACUGCAAACAGCUGUAUGGUUGAAGCACCAGGACUCUGUCCGGUUCUUAUUGCAUAAUGGUGCGAGUCCGACAAUGCAAGGGCGAUUUGGUUCGGCAAUGGAUAUUGCUGAAGGUAAUGCAUUUCGGAACACUUCUGACAAGGAUGCAGAAGAUAGGAUUAAAUGGCUGUUGAAUGGCGAAGUCUCUGCUGAGCUCGACGAAUCACGUUGA